UAGCGGUCGGGUAAAAUUGUCAUGUUACGCGCAGGCAACACGCCGGCGCGCCGCGAGUUCCGCUACCCGCGGCGGCUCGUGGCCACGUCGCCGCACGACCGCAUCCUGGCGAGGUUCCGUGCGCAGCAGCAGGACGUCCACCGCAGCAGCCCCGACAGCGACUGCGUGGUGGUGGAAUCCGAUAUCGAGUAUCGGCACUCGAGCGACUCCGACGAAGUCUCGGAGUCGGAGAUGUCCGGAGAUUCAGCGGUCGCAAUGCAAUGACGUCACACCACCGCGUUAUGUACGUAGACAUGUAUGUGGCCAUAACUUGCAGAUGACUGCAAAUAUUAAUAUUCACCCCUAACGUACACUAUCAGGCUGUCUCAGCACCCCGAAGGGAAUAUUUAAUGAGUUUUUGAGAUCUUACAAUUACAUAAAUAAUUUUACCAAUGUUGAAAAUUUCACGUAACGUUGAGAAUAGACAUGAAUUCUUGAAAAAUUAAAGCUUGUGGGUAUUCUGACAUCAGGAGUUACGAACGGCAUUACCCGUUAUGACGUCACAACUAAAGACGCCAUACAAGUUAAUGAUCGGUUUUGGUGAAAUAGAACGAAGCAAUCCCUCACCACAAACCUACCUAACCAUUAUAGUAUUUGAUAUUAAUUGAGACAUGAAACAUUCUUUAGAGUUAUUCUCAUGUAAACCAAUUAAAAAUUCUGGGACAACUUGAUUCUUAUUCGUAGUGGGUGAAUAUUCAUUUUUCAGCGUACUUUAUUAUUCUAUUAAACAUUGUGUGCCAGUGAUACUGUUAGCUAAUAUUGGGAAGUACGUAUCGUAAUGUGAACUGUUUAUGAACAUAUCAACUAAGAACUGAUAUUAGAUUAUGGCUUUGCUACUUUGAAAACUUUUCAAUUCACAGACCGACAAGAACGAACUCUAAUGUCACAUAAAUUCGUAAAUUUAGAUCAUCUAUGUUGAUGUUGCGUUGAAUUUGAUCAUGUCGAUCUGUCUUUGGUCACUAGUGUGUAGUUAAUUAAUACCCUAUAAUAUUUUAAAUAUAAUUUUGUGAUUUUAGAAUUGUAACUAUAACCGUAUGGUACAGUGUUUCUAUUGUACGUUUUUACGAAUUUGCGAAACGUGAUUUUAAUUGCUGUCCUGUUUCACAUAUAAAAAACGAUCGUAUAUUAAGAAGCACAUAGUACUUACUGGCAUUCUGCCAUAACCCGUAAUGGUUUAUAGAUACUAACAUAAUUCACACCGCGGGCUUGCUUACCGGGAUAGCCAUUGUGAAUAUUUCGUCGGUUAAUUCCAUAUUUUGCAUGAUAUUGCAAUGUUACCCGCCACAUGAUUUAUUCCGCGUCAAUACGACAUCACAACGGGAGCUCUCACACGACGCUAUAACCAUGCCAUAUGUUGUCAUACAUUAAGUUCACAUAGCCGACUUUUUUUGGACACUCUUUAUUGGACAUUCUGUAUUAAGUGAUCUGUACUUUUAGGCAUCGUAAAAUGUACAACAGAAACACAUACAGCACUCAAUUCUGAAGUCCAAGCUUUAGAGUCCUUCGUUUUCCACGGAUUUUGACGAUUGCAGUGAAAUGUAUAGUUAAGUAUUCGGUUAAGGCGCAGGCAGUGUCAUUUCUAUAUUUGAUUAUUAUCGAAUUUACAAAUAAAUUAUAAUAAUUGCCUUUUACAUGACAUGUGGUAUUACUAAACUAGUACUUACUAGUUUACAAUGUGGAACUUAUUUUCUGUUCUUAGACUUUCAAGCUAGGCUAACCUCGGUUAUAAAAGUCUGUGGAAUAAUAAAUUGGUUAGCAAUGCACUCAUUAACUUCCUUUAAAACGGAUUUCCUUGAAGGCUUAGAAGGUUGGACUUUAGUUAAUAAUGCUGUAGCAAUCUAUAUUGACUUAUUCCAAAACAAAUUUUCUAUAUAAGAUAAUUUCUAUUGAUUU